GCACGGAGAAACAAACAUCACAAAAAUCUCACUGGACAAAUGCGAAACCUAGUUUUAAACGAGCCUAUUAAAUACGUCAUACAAUGAGCAAAAGCAACAACAUUGGGGGCAAAACAAAUUUCAAUUGCAAGUCCAACUUGUCCACCUUCUCCAAAGCUGUGCAGCCCCAACCUGCCUCGAAGUGCUACCAAAUCGAUUAUGAGCUUAUCAAGAGUCAGACCAACACUGAGUUAAGGCCAGGAAUACCGUCUCCACGACUUCCGCUGAAUGGGAUCAAUGGUAACGGCAAAGGUAAGUUGGUGCUCAAGCUGACUGCCGACAAAAUCACGCUGAAGAAAAGCCAACGAAGCCGACUCGAACCCAUCGAGUCCAGAGUUGAGGUCACGCGUCGAAAAUCAGCGCCAAUUGUACUUUCAUCGACAACAUCACGGCUCAUCGGUAAGCCGAAGAGCAGCGUUUGCAUCGACCUGCCCCCACCAGCUCCCCCGCUUCCCACCAACACAGUGGUGUUGGCGGAAGUUUACAACAAGUUGGAAGACGGCCAGCAUGCGUUCAUUGCCGAUAGCAAUAGCGAAUCAAACUCACAGCCCAGCAGCACUGUAGGAGGCUCAACCUCUCCGGAAUCACUUCUGGACAACGUACUGAGUGCGGCCUCCUCGGUUUCGGUGCAGAGCAGCAGCAACGGAAGCAACAGCGACGCAACCAUCGCCCUAGCUGCGACUACGAACACGAACACGAACCACCUGCAAAUGUACACUAAUCGCCUGUUGACCCUAAAAUCAUCGCCCGAGGUGCGUGUCUCCCCGCCAACACCAGACUGUCAGACGAACGUGGAGGAGACGUUGCAAUCGCGUGGUGUCGAAGAGAACACAAAUCCAACGACAUCUCUCCAUGACAUCUAUGAUAGAAGUCGCUCGCCCUCGCCUUCACCAUCGCCUAGCAUUACGUUACGCGCCACACCCACGCCCGAGACAGUGCUCAGCUUCCCCGAGGACCUUAAGUGUGGCAUAUGCCUUGACGUGUUCACAGAUCCACGCACGCUUAACUGCUUGCACUCGUUUUGCUUUCAAUGCCUCGCCGAUGAAAACUUUAAGCAGGACGCCGCAGCGGCGCCCUCUUUGGACGCCACCGAUGACUGGAAUGGCACCAAUCGAUCGACCUACAGUCUGCGCUGCUCUACACCGGAAAUGUCCCUGCCCGCUGGCUCCAACAACGAGCUAGCCACAGUCUCGCCCGCACGACAACGAGGUGCCAGUUUUAGCCUGCGGCGCAAAAAGUCUAUGGACCGCAUACAAGUCAAGUCGAAGAGCUCCGUGUGCUCCUCCAAUACACGCCUGAAUGCCAGUUUUAUUUGUGAUCGACGCUUCAUUAACUGCCACAGUUGCAAGUUCACCACAGAGCUGCCUGUGGGUGGGGUGAGGCAGCUGCCCCAGAACUAUAUGUUGAUUCGCAAGAUUGAAGUGCUGCGUCUCCAGGCCGGUGAGGAUGUGAUAUCACGUGUGUGGUGCUCCCUAUGCAGCGAGGAAACCAGCGCUAUUUACCACUGCAUCACCUGCACGCUAAAUCUGUGCACGUUGUGCAAAGAGGCACACGAGCGGCAGCGGAGCACGGCCAGCCACCGGAUGAAGAACAUCAUGGAGCUGCGUCGGGCACGCAAGCAGAAGCAACAGCAGCUGGGGCUGGGCGACAACAGCAAGAUGGUGCUGAAGUGCGGUCUGCACCAGAGUAUUUUGAAGUCCUUCUGCAUCACAUGCCGCCAGCUGGCCUGUCCGGACUGUCUGGUACUGCUCCACAAGGGUCAUAAGCACGAGACGGUCGCCAAAGCUAUUGGUCAGCACGGCAAGAUGUUGCGGGAUGCGGCCGAGCAGACGCGUCCACUAUGCAACUACGCGGAGCAUUCUAUUGAGCGGCUCAACGAGAUAGCCAGGAGCGUCAAUCGGCGAUGUGACGAGAUCCAAGGGCAGGUGGAGACCUAUAUGCAGAAAUACUUUGAUGCGGUUGAUGCCCACCGGCGAACAUUGUUGGCGCAGGUGCAGCGUGCUAGAGAAUCCAAGGUAGAGAUGAUACUGGAGCAGCAGAUAGAUUUGGAGAAACGCACACAGGAGGCCCUGGAUGCCGUGCGCUUUAGUCAGGAGCUAUGCGAUAUAGGCGCAGAUGUUGAGAUACUGAGUUUCCUAAGCAUAUUGCUGAAGCGUUUCGAGUAUUGCCAGCAAUUUAAAACGCCAGUCGAUUCCAAGAUCUCAGAUUCGCUACACUUCUUGUCAAAAAUACGGGCGCCAUCUACAAAGGAUCAGAACGAUAUACCCCUUUACGGCAUUAUCACGAUGCAGACAGUCGAACCGUCACUCUGCACAUUGCAAUGGGAGGGCUUCUCGCAGCUACGACUUCACAAGAAGGUGGACCUACUGAUGCUCUCGCGGGACGGAGAUGGCGUCUCCCUAUGCCAUGGUGGCCUUCAGAUUCAAUGCAUGAUUAAGUACAAGGAUGCGAGUACAAAAUUUUUACCCAUUGAGGUUUCUGACCAUCGCGAUGGCACAUAUAGCAUAUCGUUCACGCCUGACGCUCAAGGAACCCUUAUAUUGACCGUAACCAUCAACGAGAAGCCCAUCAAGGGCAGUCCUUUCACAUUUCAGGCACGCCAGGUAAGGCCCCAUAGCGGAAUUUAUCACUGCUGUGCCUUCUGCUCGGGUAAAGGGAACAAAAUCGUCAAAUGCUCUUGCGAGGGCCGCAUGCCGGGCUACAGCGGUUGUGGACAUGGACAUGCAGGACAUCCGGGUCGUCGGCACUGGUCCUGCUGCGGCAAUGUUCUGGAAAACUCAGAGUGCAAUGUCGCAAAUAAGUUGCUGAAUACAUGAACAAAGCUGCCCACAUCCAUUUAAUGAGUCCAUUUUAAAAUACUAUAUGUAUAAAACCUUAGAUUUUGGAAAUUGAACUUGCAACUGCAUGAGAAGCUGCGGUGCUUGGGGGUUACGUAUUGUAACCUCGUAGUCAAAUAAUAAAUCAAUAACAACAAUAAAUCGGUGCUAUUUCGAGCGACCUAGCUUUACUAACAGAUUCAAACGUAGUUCGUUUCAUGAAUAAGACUAUGUACAUAUGUAUGUAGAAAAUAUAUACAUAUGUACUUUUCGGUCAUGUCACGUUCUAAUGCUCUUUACAACAAUUAAUAAAGUAACUUGAUUGACUUGUAGAGGAAACAUUUAAUAUAAUACUUAUACAUACAUAUAUUGCCCCAAAUAUGAUCAUAAGUUUUCAGAAUAUGUAGAUAUAGAACAUCUAUUGUAGAGGUGAAAUCAAGGGGUCGAAAAAACACCUUCAAAUCACAAAAUUAAUAUUAAAUUGUUGUCAAAGAAUGUACUACUAGUGCUACCAAACUAGCAGAGAAAUGAGAAAAUGUGCACUUUCUCAAUAAAGAAAUUUAUAAAUAAACUUAUA